AGAAGCGCCCAAGCAGCAUGCAACGCAAGCAGCGCUAUGGCAGCAUCCCGCUCUGGGAGCUCAGCAACCUCGCGUCAUGGCGAUCGCUCAACGGCGCUGUCGACGAGGACCCGGCGCCGGCGACGACGACGACGGCCGAUCCGCCGGUCGUGCGUGCCCAUCUCGACGUCCGCGGCCUCACCUGCGGCACGUGCCGCCUCGAGUUCGAGGACGUCAAGGAGCAGCAAGCGCACUUCAAGACGGACCUGCAUGUGUACAAUUUGAAGCGCAAGUCCAAGGGUCUCGACUGCGUGACGCUGGACGCCUACGACGCGUAUGUGGCGUCCCAAGCCACCAAGACGACGACGGCAUUGGCCGCUGACAGCGACGACGACGACGACGAGGCGCAGGAUGCGUACCGGCAUCCGCUGGACCUCUCGCUCUCGAGCGACGAGAACGACAGCGACGACGAAGGCAGCGAAGCCAACCUGCAGCGCGAGCCGCUGCAAGCGUUCACGGACAACACGACGCUCUUCAAGAUCUACAACGCGUCGUUUCCGCAGUGGUCAGAAAAGGACAAGGCGAGCUUUCAAGCGACGACCGACAUGGUGCAAAGCUUCUCGACCGAUGCAGCGUACUACCAAUGGGCGGUCUUCCUCUUCCGCGCGGGUCGGUUCGCGGGCGCAGUCUUCCAGAAGGACAAGGUGCUCGUGCACAAGGCCUUCCAGCGCUACACGACCCGGCGCAAGCAAGGCGGGAGCCAGUCGGCGCACGACGCCGCCGGCGGCAAGGCCAAGUCGGCGGGCGCGCAGCUGCGUCGGUACAACGAGAUGGCGCUCCAGCAAGACAUUUCGGAGCUCCUCACGCUCUGGAAGACCGAGCUCCAAGGCUGCAAGCGCAUCUUUCUUGGGUCGGCCAAGACAUCGCGCGGCCUCUUCUUUGAGAAGACUGGCUUGCAGGCCGACGACCCGCGCAUUCGCAAGGUCCCCUUUGGCACGCUGCGUCCGACAUACGACGAGGUCUGUCGCGUGCGUUCGGUCCUCGGCAGUGCCUCCUACGGGCCGUUCCUCCCGUCUGCGUACGAGCCCAAGCCAGUCGCGGUCAAAACACCCAAGAAGAAGCCCUCGGACAAGGCAAGCACGACGGAAGCCAUCCCUCCAGCCAUCGAUUUGCCUGCUGAAGUCAUCCCGGCGUUGCCCACGCCGGCCCUCUUGAUCGCUGUUGAGGCCGGCGACCUCGCGGCGGUUCACGCCCUCUUGGCCGACGGCGCCAACGUCAACAUUUCGCACGUCGACGGCAGCCUCCGCACGCCGUUGCACAUCGCAUCGGCCCUUGGCCAGACUGAUUUGGUGCGUCUCUUGCUCGAACACGGCGCCGACCCGUGCGCCCUCGACGACCAUCUUCGCGUCCCGUACUUUCUGUGCGCUUCAAAAGAAACGCGCAACGUCUAUCGGCGCUACCGCGGGCUGGCGCCGGCGCAGUGGGACUAUGAAGCGGCCAAGAUUCCGGACGCGCUCACCGACGACGUCGAAGACGCUCGCAAAGCUCGCGACAAGGAAAAGAAGAAGCGCGCCAAGGAGCGCAAGCAACAGCAGAUGGCGGCCGAGCGGGCGCAACAGGAAGUGGAGGCGGCGGCCGCCGCGGCACGGGCGGCGCGGGCGGCGCUUGAAGCGGCGUGUGCCAUGUGCGGCGAGCCGUCGGGCGCCAAGCCGUUUCUUCGGUUGACGUACAAGUACUGCUCGACGGCGUGCGUGAAUGCACACAAGCGCGAGCUCAUGGCGAUGGCCGCCAUGAAGCGGUUUGGUAGCUAACUUU